AUGUCUCAAGAACAUAGACAGCAAUCGGCCUUCCGCCGGCAGAUCUUUCUUCCGAGAUUCCAGAAUUUUGAGAGGUACAAGUCUCCCUCGAGUGACGAACUACGCGUUGGACCGGCCCCCAGUGAGAAGGCGGUACGAGGCUGGAGUGGGACGCUGGCCUCAUACUGGUUUCUUCCGAGGCCAGAGUCGACGUCGAUGCCGUUCGUAAAGCACGACGCCCAACCACCCGCAUCAUGGCCUACAGAAACUUCAUACCUCGUCAAAUGCCGACUCUCGCCUACAUUCCCCUCUGCCCUACAUUCUUUCCUCUUUGACAAGAACACGGUCUCGUCUCCCGCGGCAAGAUACAAUCCAAGGCCUGUAAUCCAUCCUUCUCACCUUAGCAUCAAGGUCAUCAAGGAUCCUGGUCAUCCUGCCAAUGGGCAGGCUGGGUUGUUCACAAAGAGGAAGAUCCCGCCCGGAGAGCUGGUGAUCCCGUACCUAGGGGUGAUACACCAUUCCUUAGUCGCAGAUGCAGAUUCAGACGUGGCCACCAUCGCAGUGAUCCCGGACGAGCACGAACAUUCCGACUACGAUUUGUCUCUUGUAAGGAUCUCCGCCCACGACCCGUUGAGCCCCUUCUUUGGAUAUCACGUCUCCAUCGGGGUGGACGCCGCUCAUGCGGGAAACGCAGCGCGAUUCGUUAAUGACUAUCGAGGAAUCUCAAGUGAGCCCAAUGCGGAAUUCUGCUUGGGUCACGGUGCGGCAGGCGAGCUGAGGAUGGAGAUUUGGUCUCUCAAGAAGGGCAUCGCAAAGGGAGAAGAGGUACUAGUCAGUUAUGGGAAAUCUUGGUGGUCUGCGAGAAAACCAUGA